AUGUCACUUUCUAGCAUCUUGCAGAAAAUCCAAUCCAAGGGCCAAAUCAGAAACCCACCACCGCGUCCAACCCCCAAACCCCCAACUGCAACAGCACUAAAACCAACAUAUCCCUCUUCUUCCUCGUCAAAUGAAAGAACAGUGGAUCCGGUCGUUGCACGGCUCAAGGCUGCCAGGAAGGCAGAGAAGGAAGCCAAAGAGAGGGAGAUGAGGGCGAAGAAGGGGCUGGCUCCCAAAAAAGAAACCCUGCACUCUCGUACUUCAAAAACGACAUCUGCUGCGUCCUCUGGAACCAGGGGCACCAUUAAUAGGAAUAAGAACGCAAGCACGCAACCUCUUGCGCCACAGAAAAGUGAAAGGAAGCCGAAAAUGUCAUUUAGUGAGCUCAUGAAAAAGGCUUCGUCAAUAGACCAAAGCAAAAUGAGUAUUUCCAUAAAGCCUAAGACGAAAACACCCGAAGCACAACCGCGGAGGAAAACGCCCGAAAGAGACGAGCGCAGGGCCCGAACUACGUCGCCACGAACACAAGGGCGACAGGAGCAAAAACCGGAGUCUACUAUUGUUAGAAGCAAUGGAGGCAAUUCCAAACAUUUGAAAGAUGUUAGGUCCCUGCAACCAGAAAGAAAAGCAGUAGCACCCAGACAACCUAUACCAAUCAGACAGCCUUCGCUGAAGUUGCAGAGUAAGUUGAAGCUGAAAAAGGCUGACAAAUCACAAUCCGGCUACGAUGACGAAGCGGACGAGGAUGAGGACGAUGACUUAGAUUCGUUCAUAGCGUCUGAUGAGGAAGAGCAGGUUUCCGAAGAGCAUGAUUAUGAUCGUGACGAGAUCUGGUCGAUAUUCAACCGCGGAAGGAAACGGUCGUAUUACGAGCAGUACGAUGACGAAGAUUCAGACGACAUGGAGGCCACUGGUGCCGAGAUUUUGGAAGAGGAGGCUCUUUCGAAGCGCAUAGCCCUUAAAGAUGACCAGAGGGAGUUGCUUGAGGAGCAGAGGAGAGCAAAAUUGAAAGAGGCUCGUAAGAAAGCAAAGCGGUAA